ACUUGUGUCCGUGACGAUUCUUGUGCCCGGAGCAUCGAAAAUCCUCCUCCCGCUGAACGCCGCUCACAUCGGGGAAAAGUAAUAUUCCGAACGAAUUUUGGAAUUUUUUUAUUUUUUUUUUAUGUGGCGUGAUAUCAUUGCAUGGAACACGUGUGCAAUUUGUUUAAAAUACAUGCUUUAAAUUAGUGCUUUUUACAUUAAUAUGACAAGAUAAUAACUCAAAAUUAUUUCAUCAGGAAUUAAAUUUUUUAUUUCCUGAAAGUAUAAAAAAAGCAUCAAAAAUAGCAUUCUUUACGAAUGCUUUAUUUUCUUUGAAUUGACAUCAGAAUAUUAUUUGUCAUUAUUUUAUUAUUUUUAUUUUUGUUCUGUCGAAACUGGAAAAAAAAUCCGAAACGCUUGCUUCCAAUUUUUUUAAAUAUUUAAUUUUCCUUCAUUAAGAACAAAUGAAAAAAAUCGUCUGCUGAAGAAAGAAGGAAAAAUGAACUCAUAAAUUCGUUUAGAUCAUCGGCGCCCGUUAUUUAUCUGCAACCGUGACGAAAUUAGAUUGCUGAGUGAAUCAAUUUUGACAACUCUUGAUAGAGAAAUAAAAGGAGGAAAUAAACAAAAGCAGUGAUGAACUCCGGUUGCGUGCAAGAUGAAUGGAAGGAAUUUUUGCGUUAGAAGUUAGAACACUACAAUUUUUGUUCUGUGUGCUACGAAUGGACUGUGGAUUAGUGCAUGGAUUCCCGUUGGAACCUCAUGCGUUUUUUUCGUUCAGCUUAUCAAGCACGUCAUGAGACAAAGAUAUCCUCAUGGCUCCCGCCUGUGGAAUCCUGGGACUCUGGAGGUACUGGCCUUCCCUAUGGAUGGGAAGCUGCUAUGGACAAAGAUGGGAAAACCUACUACAUCAACCACACAAAUCGAACAACAACAUAUGAAAAUCCUCGCAAAGAUGGAGACGAAGAACCUCCCCAGCCACGGGAGGUUCAACUGGUGCGAGAUGCCCAGAUGGGAUUUGGCUUUGUUGCUGGCAGUGAAAAACCGGUUAUAGUACGAUUUGUUACAGAAGGUGGCCCUAAUGAGCACAAACUGAUGCCUGGUGAUCAGAUUAUGAAAAUCAAUGGAGAAGAUGUAAUGAGAGCUCCUAGAGAACAUGUGAUUGAAUUAAUCAGGUCUUGUAAACAAACUGUCACUCUUCUUGUCUGCCAGCCCCAAACUAAUAAUACUACUAGGAAAUCAGCUCUUCUGACUGCAGCAAAAAAAGCCAAAUUGAGAAACAAUCCAUCCAGAGUUAGAUUUUCUGAAGGAGUCAUCAUCAAUGGUUCGCCUUUAUAUUCACCUUCUCCUGUGGAUGGAAAUGUACCUUUCCUGCCAAAUGUGCUCAAAGUUUUUUUAGAGAAUGGACAAACAAAGUCUUUUAAAUAUGACAGUACUACAACAGUGCAGGAUGUGCUGAAUUCACUGUUUGAAAAAUUAUCUAUAAAGUGUGUAAAUCACUUUUGUCUUGCCACAGAACAUGUCAAAAUUACUCGUAAGAAUCGAUUAGCGAUUCUUGAUCCCAAGGAUACACUUACAAAGAUUGCUGCUAAGCCAGGGGCUCACCAUCUUCGCUGUGUCUUGCGAGUAACAUAUGUACCUAAAGAUGCUUAUGAAUUAUUGCAAAAGGAUCCUAUAGCAUUUGAGUACUUAUAUUUACAGUGCUGUAAUGAUGUUGUGGAAGAAAGGUUCACACCAGAACUGAAAUAUGACAUAGCUUUACGUUUGACUGCUUUAAAUAUGCAACAACAUUGUUUAAGUAAUGGAAUACAAGGAAAAGUUACUGUUAAAACUGUCGAACGAGAAUGUGGACUUGAACGAUUUGUUCCAGUAUCUCUUUUGGAAACUAUGAAAUUGAAAGAGCUAAGAAAAUUGCUAGGCCAUUUUCUGAAGCAAAACCAGUCCUUGUGUGCUCCUGGACAAAAGCAUUUAACACCAUUACAAGCAAAAUUACACUAUCUUAAAAUUAUUAGUGAAUUACCAAGCUAUGGUUCUAAGUGCUUUGCAACUAAUAUCAGCGAUUCUAAUCCUGAAACAACUCUGCUCGUGAGCCCAAGAUUUGGUGUAAGCCAAAUUUCUUCUCUACGAAACACAAGUCCUGUAACUAUUUGCCGUAUUGAAGACAUCUCAGGUGUAAAAGUAAAGAGGGAAGAUGAAUACUCAUGUCUAUUAGAAAUUACAACAAGAGACGUUGGCAAACAAAUUUACACUUUCAGUAUGGAAGAAAAAGAUGCUGAUGAGUUCAUUUUACUACUUAAAGGUUAUUAUAGGCUAUUUACAGAACGAGAACUGCCUGUGCAUAUCAAUAGCUGCAAUUCUUGGCAACCUGAACCAGUUCCUACUUUCCAUAGUCGUCAUGUAGUCAGAGAAGCCCCUUGGAGCUACCCUAACUCUACUGGAAAACCUGGUCUGCGUACAAUGGACUUGGCUGUCAUGCCUCCAAAUUACACACCAGUAGAGAUGCCCAAAAGCUCUCCCAAGCAGAGACCUGCAAGGCCACCCUCCCCAACACCAGUAGACCAUAACAUGAAUGAAACUGCACUUGAAUCUCAAGCUUCACAAGAUGCAAAAGCAUUUGCGCGAGAAGAUUCCCGCAGGCUGAAACCCCAUCGCACCAUGAUAGACGAACGGCAUCCUGGCAUAGAUUACCAGACCGUCAUAUCCAUGGAGCUCCUCGAAGACAGCUCUGGGGACAUAGACGUCGACGUCUAUGAAGCCAAAAACGACGAGGUCAUUCAGAGGAUAUCUGAAAUGAAUCAUAUCCUCACUGAGGCAGAAUCCUACCUCUCAGAUGGCAGCCACGCCGAGCAGUCCAAUCUCAAGGCAGCCGACUCCCUGGUGCUAUUGUCUCAGCCAGACUCCAAACAAGAGAUCCGAAUGAAAGAAGUCAUUGACGAAGACAUAUCUCCAUCGGAGAGCGAUACGGAUAGUACUCCGAACGAGAGCCCUCUGCAUCGCUCUGUACCGAUCCGGAAUUCCAUCAAUACCCCACAUCCGAUGAUUCGUCGAGACUCCAGCUUUGGGUUGCACAGUCCUGACCUGCUGCCGAACCUCAGUUCAGGGAAUAAUAUCUUGGAUAUCCUGAAGCAUCUGCAGGCAGAGGAGGAGCUUCCUUUCGCGGAAGAGACAAUCUGCUUGGACCCAGAUAUUAUCGACUUGACCAUGAUCCCUCCUCCUGUUACACCAGAGACAGAAACUUCGAUGGAAGGUGCUUCCAGGCUGGAGACUCCUCCAGAUGAAUUCCUUGGAGCUCUUUACAAGAAUCUUGAAAACUGUGAAGCUUUUACUCGAGAAAUGAGUGGAGGUGCCGAACGAGACCCUAAUCAAGCGGUUGCCAAUGGUUCAUGUAUUGGCAACGGAGGUCUCAAAAUCGACAGUAUUGAUUCCCUGAUAGCUACCCUCACAAUCCCUCCUCCUCCUGAAGGAGUCCUGAGCACCAGCCCCGUGUCCAACGAAGACCUGUCCGCCUACAUAAUCCCUCCCCCACCCAGUUCUAGUCCCAGCACAGAGGCCCAAAACGAAGUCAUUGCCCGCUUCAUGGCAGCCGCGGAAGACAUCAAAAACCUCUUCCAGAGAGAAGAUUCAGAAAUUAGCUUCAAAGAUUUAGGACCUGAAUUCAAACUGCUGGAUCAGACGUGUUAUCCCCUGGAAUUUGAUACUGGAUCCCAUAGUGGGGAUUCGUCUGGCUACGAUACACUGACGUCAUCUUUGACAUCGUACAGCGACACCGUCGUCAGCGAUGACGUGGAUGGUCUGUGGAAUGCCGCUCCCUCCUGGGACCAUCCGUCCAACAGCGAAUCCAUAGGUGGUUUGGAAAGGUCACCUCCCGAGAUACCACUCCGUAGCAAGACAACACUAAACGGCCUACCGGUGCCAGCUACUUUGAAGACCUCGUGUGUGGAUGAUGCCACAUCUCCUUUGUCCAUCACCUCGCCUUCGUCCACGACUAGUUCGGACAGCUCGGUCAUCUUGCUGGACUCUGUUGGUCAGGAGUCUGGAAGACUGAAUCUCCCCUCUAAUGAGAAUGUGCCUCAAACUGGAAGCUGUGAUAAUUUGCUGAGCGAGAAUUUCGAUCCAGUGCCGCAAAGCAUGGUUCGGUCCGUCUCUUGGACCAACAUUGUUGAUCUGGAAAGCUCGAAAGAUGACGAACUAGAACCCGAGCAGAAUGGACUUAAUUCUUUCUCGCCAUUUAAUUCUUCUAUGCGACAGAACCGUCUUCGAAGAUCUUUCAACCGAGGCCCCCUCCGUGGUAAUGUUCUAACUCGGAGUCUCAAACAUUCUGAGAGCGCAACCAAAAACCACCAUGCUGAUUCUCCAACCGAAAAUGGCACUACAUGCAAACAGCUACCGCCGCUCCAAACAAGACAACCAAAUGGAACGACCAUGAAAUACCUCCUCCCACCCAGCGAAAGACACGAAGGCCCGGGCGUCAGCACAAAAGACAUUAAACUGCAAAAGACUCCAUACCCUACCAACGGACAGAUGAAUGGCCUCAGCAGUAGAGGGCAGUUAAUUGACGGUACUUUCUGCAGUCCUUUCCAGCAAGCUCAGAAGGACAUAUCCGCUAUGGUGGCCCAUCUGAAGAAAGUCUUUCCAUCCAAAAUCACAGUGAUCGCCGAGGACAGAGAAAAAUUGUCAGCUGCCAAAGAUGCCUUGGUGAACGAGUCCCGGCAGUUCGUGACAUCCUCCAAACUGUUUGUCAAAAGUGCAAUGGAGUCGUCAGAUAAGAUGAUAGAGAACAUGGCCAUAUGUGUUGCUUUGUUGAACCGGAUGACAGCCAUUGGCGAACUCAUCGUCCUAAGAAGCUCGCCAAGCGAACCGGUCGUUUACCUUGUAGAAAAGUUGAAAGAAGUUGCUUUGGCGUACUUUUAUACCGUGGAAGCUGCUCAGAAAGUGUUUGGUAACAAAGUAGAUCAACCGGAAAUGAGUACUUUGAUGCAAAGAGCGACUGCGCUAGCGACUUCACUGACUUCUUUAAUGCGUACGCUUCGAGCAAUGUGUUAGCUUAUACUGAUUACUACAAAUUUGCUUAUUCGUACAUGUAGGUGGGUGUCAAAAGCUACCUGGCUUGUUUUAUGGCAUCCAAGCUUUACAGAUCUAUCUCCUGUGCAAUCAGGUCUGAUGGGGAGAAGGAAUGAUAAUCAUUCAUGAAGUUGUGGACCAAAAUAUUCAUCAGUUGUUUAUUCAACUAGGCUAAAAAAAAACCUUUGUGAAGUAAGAGAAUUUCUAUGUGAUUUUUAAUGUUUUAGAAACCAAAUACUUCAUAACGAAAUUUCGUUUUCAGUUAAAUAACUAAACCAUUUGUACUGAAUUCUGUCAACGCGUGCUUUUAGUUGAAAUUUUGUUGCUUUUGUUUAUAUGGUUUGUGUACUCAAAGGAAAAAUGCAGUACACUUAUUUUAAAUGUGACAUUUUUUGUUUUUACAGUCAGUUUGCAGUAUUGAAUCUCGUUAAAAAUUAUCAUUUAAAACGACUGAUGCAAAAUGUAUGAAAAUAAUAUUAAUCUCUCGUGAAAUAUCCAUGUUGUGAUGAAAUGAUGUAUAUUAAAAAAAUAUAUUUGCCUUUGAAAAUAUCUAUUCAAUCUCUUUCAAAAGUGUUUAACUUUGAAAAGUAUUGUAGUUGAUGUUUCUCAAUAUUUCGAAAUGGUAGAAAGAUAUUUGCGAAUUAAAUUAUUUUAUCCAAAAUUCUAAUUACUAGUUCUGAUUAUAAAGUUUAUAUGUUUGUUCCAUUUGAAAAAUUCUAAUAAAUACAAAUUUUCUUGACAAAGCUAUUUGUUAUGCCUUAAUAUAUGUCUUAGAAGGUAAUUAUUUGUUCUGAAGGAAACAAAUUUUAUGUAGAUCUAUACAAAUGUUGAAUAUUAUUAUAAUUCUACCAUUUAAAAUUAUAUUGUUUUUCUUAUAAAAUAUAUAUAAUAUAAUUUUAUUUCCCCCAAAAAAAGUUAUGUAAUUUGUUUCAAAAGAAAAAGACUUCCGAGUCCAAGUUUUUUUUACUCUUGAAAUAAAUGGAACAAAAGACUAAAUGGAAUUGCCUAAUGUGUUAUAAAGAUUAUUUUAGAUUUAAUUUUUAAACAAAGCUUAUGUUAUUUAUUUUUUAAAAAAUGUAGAAGUAGAAGUGAAUUUUUUUCAGAUUUGAAAUUUUUUUUCAAUAUUACAAUUUUAGAAAUAGUUAUAUCUGAAGAAAGUUUUUUUCCCUCCCUUUCUUAUGUUGGCUAUUUGACUCUAAGUUGAAUUUAAAAUCAUAUAUCCUUAUAUCACAAUCUUCUGCAGUACAUAUAAAAAUUUAUGUACAAAUUAAUAUUAAAUAUAUACAUAAUAUUUAACAUAUUAAAAUUUCAUAUAUAUAUAUAUAUAAUAUUUUUUUGGUUGAUAAAAACAUCUUAUAAAUUUGAUUCAUCUAAAUAUGAACUUGUACACAUUUUGAAUAUUUCAGUAUGUUGUCUGUCCUCAAAUAAGUAAAAUUUUAUACGUUUUCUGUAACAACAUCUCGAUGCUGUAAAAAUAACAUUGUCUCGAAAGAUUAAAAUUCAACAGGUGUGUUUUCAAGAAAGAAAGUUUGUUAAAAGUGUCUAUUUUUACGCCUGUAAAUAUAGAGAAAUUUAUAUUAUAUAAAAAUGAAACUGUAAAUAUAAGUAAUUGAGGA